AGCCCCUCCCCUGGGCGCCCCCUGAACCCUGCGGCGCUCCGUAGCGGAAGCGCAGGGAAGCGGCGGGGCGCCCACCGGCAAGCCCGCUGCGCUGGUGCCAUGGCGGCACAGAAGAUUAACGAGGCGCUCGAACAUAUCGCUAAAGCGGAGAAAUAUCUGAAAACUGGAUUCUUAAAGUGGAAACCAGAUUACGACAGUGCAGCUACCGAAUAUGGGAAGGCAGCUGUUGCUUUUAAGAAUGCCAAGCAGUUUGACCAGGCAAGGGAAGCCUGUUUACGGGAAGCUGAGGCACAUGAAAACAAUAAAGCUCUCUUCCAUGCUGCCAAAGCUUAUGAACAAGCUGGCAUGAUGCUAAAGGAGAUGCAGAGACUCCCUGAAGCAGUUCAGCUGAUCGAGAAAGCCAGUAUGAUGUACCUGGAGAACGGGACACCAGAUACAGCAGCUAUUGCACUGGAACGGGCUGGAAAGUUAAUAGAAAAUGUGAGCCCAGAGAAGGCCGUGCAGCUCUAUCAGCAAGCAGCGUCAGUGUUUGAGAAUGAAGAACGUUUACGGCAAGCAUUAGAAAUGCUAGGGAAGGCAUCAAGACUUCUAGUCAGAGGACGCAGAUUAGAUGAGGCUGCGUUGUCUCUUCAAAAGGAAAAAAGUAUUUAUAAGGAAAUUGAAAAUUACCCAACAUGCUAUAAGAAAACUAUUGCUCAAGUCUUAGUUCAUCUUCACAGAAAUGAUUAUGUUGCUGCAGAAAGAUGUGUGAGGGAAAGCUAUAGUAUACCAGGAUUUAAUGGAAGUGAAGACUGUGCAGCACUAGAGCAACUCUUAGAAGGGUAUGACCAGCAAGAUCAGGAUCAAGUUUCUGAAGUCUGUAAUUUGCCACUCUUCAAAUACAUGGACAAUGAUUAUGCCAAGCUUGGUCUUACCUUGGUGGUCCCAGGAGGUGGAAUCAAGAAGAAGUCGCCAAACGCUGCACAAGACAAAGCAAGAGGACCAGCUGCAGCGGGCUCUCAUGCUGAUGAGGAAGAGGAUGAAUAUUCUGGUGGACUAUGCUAGCUACAGACAUAGGUUGUCUUAAAUAUCUGACUUGUUUGUGAUGUUGAGCAUAUCCAAAGGUACGAGAUUUACCAGAGCUUCAUUGCAAUUGUGAUAUGGGAAUGCUACUGUAAACUUGGCAGCUUCUGAGUACAGUAUGGGAAAAAAAGCAUGAUUGUACCUAUCAUCUUGAAACAUCUUUGGCCUUCAUUUCAACCUGGUAAGAGCUUCCUCAGGGCCCUGCCUUCAGUUGAUAGGAAAAAUUAGAGAGAAAUUUUCACUAAAAGCACUGGAGUUUAAAAGAAACCAAAAUCCCAGAAGCACUGGAGUAGGGAGAAUGGUACAAAACUUUAAAUGGUGGAUUUCAACAGCUGACACAUUUUGGUCCCAGUAAUGUGUUCGUGAUUGUUUCCUGAGAUAAACAUAUGGUCAUUCAUCUGGCUAUUUAUUUCCUCUUUAACACCAUUUAAGGCAGACUGUGCAGGGCAGGAUUUUUCACUAGUAUAAGCACUAGGGGGAGCAUUCAGUUUAUUUUCAACAUGUUUUUAUUCCACUGCAGAAUAUUAUUUCAACACCUUAUUCUUUGCAAGCAGUAUCCAUGUGGGUGUGGAAAAUGAGAUGACUAAUUUGAAGCUAUCUUGCAAGCUUAAAAGUACAUACACGUCUGUCAUCUUAAGAACUUUAUUGACCUAAAGUCUUUGGAAAUAAAUGUGUGCAUAGUGUUUGUAAUGUACACCUUGGGAAUGCAAGGAGUGGACAAUCUUUCUUAGUGGUGUUUGAAGCAUGCUAUAACCAAAAAAGAAACUGAAGGUAGCAGAUAAUGUGCAUUGAAUAUAAAGCUCUGAAGGCAGUGUUUAACAAAAACUUAGGUGGAAUGUUUCAAUUAUAUUUUUGAGUUGAUGAGUGUUCUAGGUGUUUAUUUACUAAUCGAUACACUAGUCUAUGAAGACAUUUCAUUCUUUCAUAUUUUCAAAGCAGAGAACAGCUAUCUCUUACAAAUGGCAUUUUUCAAACUAGCGCAGAAUCCAAAGUAACCAAAAUUUAAUGCAUCCGUCACAAGUUUUGCAAGCUUCUUACUGUCUCAAAUUUGUUUGACCAUGUUCUGCAUAGAAGUUGUCAACACUGGAAGUUGUACCUGUUGUCUUUCUUCAGAAGAACCUAAUCAAGAUCUGCACUAGGGUGAGAUCACUUGGAAUCCAGCAUGGAUUUGUGUGUGAUAAGUGAUGCCCAAAGUUCAAUAAAAAAUAGACCAAAAGCACAGUGUUAAGUGUUGGUAUGGCUUCUGCCAUAUUGAGGAAUUGUAUGUCUUAAAAAUUAUCAAGCCUAUGUCUGUCGUAUAUGUGAUGUCUGACACAAGUGUGUCAGACAUAACUGGGAUGAAGGUAAACUUUUAGAGGAUUAAUGUUCACUUUCCUUGGGGUGGAUAGUACUCAAUAGCAUUGUGAUGGGUACACAAGCUACAGCAUGAUUUGCAGGCGGGGUGCUGUAGAAGUCACAUUAUUCAAUUUAAUGGGUGUUCAAAAAGCAGUUUUAUCUCUUUGGAUUAUGUAAUAAUCAGCUUGUAGUCUCAAAUGGCUUUAAAAUCCACCUCUAGUUCUUUACUGACAGAUGCAUUUCCCUUUGUUAUUAAUGAUGUAUAUAGAAGCUUUUGCUCUUCUAUAAAAUAGUCUAAAUGAAACUUCGGGAACUGAGUUGCCUUUCUCUGAUUUACAAGUAUAUGUGAAAGAUGGUUUUGAAGACUUUUCUGUAACUCUUCCUUUUUCACCAUUGGAGCAACUUACUCCAGUUUACUCACCUUCUGCCUUCUGGAUUUGUUCAUGAAGGUGACCAUGCACUUUUUACGGGGAGUCUUUUAUCACAAGUAGAAAAAACCCACGUGUAGGAGCACUGGGAACACUAAGGAAAUUUAUUCUAGCUUUUCUUUCUGCUUCCAAUUCUGAAAUCAGUUUUGUUGAAUGGUCCCAAAGAGUCUAUUCAAUCUGUUGAUUGAAAUAGAUUGUCCAGACAAUCUGUUGUCUCUACAAUAUACAGUUGUAUAUAUCUGAGAAGAUGACAUGUGUAAGAGGAAAAGUUGGGAGCCUUGUGUGCUUCUGUGAAAGAACUUGCAGGCUUUAUUUAAACUGUGCUUGUAACACUAACGGGCCCUUAAAGAAAAAAUACAAUUUAUGCAUUAGGUUCUUAAGGCAUUCUUUUCAUAUUGUUAAAAAAUAAAAUAGAUGUGCAAGACUGUCUCCCCGCUCCCCCCAGCUUUUUUCUCAUUUCCCUGUGCCAUGUAUGGAAAAUCUGGGACAAAACUGACUUGUACUAAACAUAUUUAGCUGCCAUUUAAUUGAAGGGGGCUUCUCUGAAUCUUAGGAAUAGAAUCUUAAUCUUUGAUUGCAAUGUUGCUGCCAAGACCAAAUCUGCAGAAAUGGAAGUGUCUCAAAAUAAGAUGGUCUAUUUUAUAUAACUUAUUCUCCUAUUUUAGGCAAUUAGUGUGAUAGGAAUGUUAACUGCCUUUUAGUAAAUGUUUAGCUAUAGAAGAAGCUGUCUGUAUAUUACGUGUUAGUGUUUGUUUCUAUCUUUCAAAGCAAUUUGCACACUUAUGUAAAUAUCAUUUAAGUGAUUUAAAGUGGAAAAGACACCAUUUACAGCAAGAAAGUUUCUAAAACCAGUGUUGAUUGUAAGAAAAACAAAUCACGCAUGAAGGCUGAGCGAUGGCCGAUGCACCGUAUAUGUAAAAUCAGAAGAUUUCUAAAUUAUCUGUAACUUAAGACUCAGUAUGCCCAAGUACAGCGUGAAACCUGUGUUUUUUGUUCUUCUUCCAAGUUUGUGGUGUAUUAGAGUACAAAAUGUGUUUGUAACAGCUCUACAGAUGCUGCUUCUUGAGAAGAGGCUAUGUGUUUCACCAAAAUAAAAAAUAAAACUUGAAACUAA